AUGGGCAAGUCACGCCUCGCUCAUUUAAGGCCCCCAACAGUACCACAUCUUGAAUUGUCUGCAGCUGCGUUGGCCACCGAGAUGGACAAGGCUCUUCGAAGGGAACUUGAAAUACCCAUAAAUGAAUCCUUCUUCUGGAUUGAUUCAACAUCAGUACUUCAGUACAUCAGAAACACAACAACAAGAUUCCAUACGUUUGUUGCCAACCGUCUUACAGUUAUCCACGACCAMACCGAAUCGUAUCAAUGGAGAUAUGUCCCAACCAACUUAAACCCAGCGGAUGACGCAAGUAGAGGUAUUGCAGUGAAGGAUCUAUGCCACAGCAACUGGUUGCAUGGCCCAGACUUUUUAGCAGAAUACAAGGCUCUCUGGCCUGCAGAGCCUCAUGCGCUGACAUCCAACUGCUUAGACAAAGAUCCUGAAGUGAAAGCUCAUCCAGCUCAAUGCAUGAGCUCGAGUAUUCAAGUUACAGACGAUGACGCCAUCGUAAAGCUGAUAGAAAGGUAUUCGUCAUGGAAUAGGCUAAAGCGAGCCGUUGCGUGGUUGCUGAAGUUUAAGUUAUGGCUUCAAACCAAGAAAACUUGCCAGUUGAAAGUAAACGAUCUUAACCAAGCUGAAACUACAAUAAUAAAGCACAUCCAAAGGCAAGCGUAUCCGGAAGUCAUUAAAGUGUUCAACGGUUCUGAUCACCGUCAAGUCAAGGCGAAGCUGAAAGGAUUACCGUCAUCACUUCAUGGAUUGAGUCCCAUAAUCGAUGAAGAAGGAGUGUUGAGAGUGGGAGGAAGACUUGAAACUCAUCUGUCACGUAUCAAUCCAAACAUCAGAUUAUUCUGCCAAGAUGUCAUCACAAAUAUCACAAAGUGGUACCUGGCAACGAUCAAAUUUUCGAUUUCGCUCAAUUUGUGCCACAAGAUAUAUAAUUGA